AUGGCUCAGGCAGGCUCGGUUGUACAGUUCAGCGGCCACAAUCAUCUUAGGCAUCGGCUAGCGCUUUCCGUCCUGAGUGGCAAAGCUGUAAGGAUUGAUAAAAUCCGCUCACAGGACAAGAAUCCUGGUCUUCAAGAUUAUGAAGUCAGCUUGUUGCGGUUACUAGAGAAGGUCACAAAUGGCACUGUUAUUGAGAUAUCCCUGACUGGUACUGCCAUUCUCAUAAAGCCCGGUAUUAUCACAGGAGGUCCCAUCACCCACGAAUGCCCUCUAUCACGCUCUAUCGGAUACUUCCUGGAACCCCUCAUCAUGCUGGCACCGUUUUCCAAGAAACCCUUCAACCUCACUCUCCGAGGUAUCACGACGGAUGACAAGGAUCUGUCCGCCGACAUGAUACGCACUGUCACUCUCCCUCAUCUCCAAUUUUUUGGUAUCUCCGAUGGCCUGGAACUACGGAUAAAGAAGCGUGGUUCGCCGCCAUUAGGCGGCGGAGAAGUGCAGUUUCUGUGUCCCAUAGUGAGACAGAUCAAGACUCUGAACUUUGUCGAUCCUGGCAAGGUCAAGCGGAUACGAGGCAUCGCUCACGCCGUUCGCGUGAGCCCACAAUUCUCGAACCGUAUGAUCGAAGCCGCACGCUCCGUUCUGAACCGCUACAUCCCUGACAUUUACCUGUAUUCCGACGUGUAUAAAGGGGAGGACAGCGGAAAGUCCCCAGGAUAUGCUCUCACCCUCCUUUCAGAGUCUACAACAUCAGCUCUCCACUGUUCCGAAGCCGUCUCACAGCCAGGCGUCGCACCAGAAGAUGUGGCACUGCAGGCCACACACAUGCUUCUACGCGAAAUCCGGAGCGGUGGAUGUGUAGAUCAGAGCCACCAGAUCUUGGUACUCAUGCUGAUGGUCCUUGGAAGCGAAGAUGUUGGUCGGGUUCGAAUGGGAGAACCGACCGAGCGAACAAUUCAAUUCCUCCGCGAUAUCCGUGAUGUCUUCAACACGUCCUUCAAAGUUGUUCCCGCAGACCCAUCAGAUCCUUCCUCAACUCAACUUCUUUAUUCGUGCUAUGGCACUGGCUAUGUUAACACCAACCGGUCGCUGGCAUAACAGAGCACCAUCAAAAGUAUUUGUAUCG